CAAACAUCUCGCAUUGCGCACGCGCAACUGCGCAGUGGGUGUUGUCGAUCGCGCUGUAAUUUCGGACGGUGCAAGCGUUUUAUAUCCCUACAUACGUUUUAUGUGACUCUAGUGGAAGUUUGUGCUUAAUAAAGAGUAUAACCGGUGAGUUGGUUGUAUUCUAACAUUAAAAAUAGUGUUUUGUUGCAAUAUAUUGCGUGAAUUGCGGUGAAAUCGUUAACGUCCGUUUAUACCUACAUCAAAAUGAGAGUCGCCAGAAAAUGCGGCUUCAGGGCCAGCCCUCGUGCUAGCUGCUUCUUCAUUGGAUACUUGAGUCUGAUAGCCAGUCUCGUCGCCAUCGGAUUUCAUGUGGUCAUUGUUUUCAUUGUCACCAGUGGCUUUCAAUGCGACGUUAGCAAGGAGAGCCUCCGCGCCGUCCAAUGGAAAUGGUUGGAUCCGGUUGUCGGGCUCAUAAACCUUGGAAACCACGGUUUCUACCCUUUCCCACUGUCGUUUCACUACUACAAUAACAUUCCGAUCGACUAUAUGCCAAUAACGGAGAAUCAGCCUGCAUGUUACCCUGGGAUGCUGCAUUUACAAAUAAUCGACAUACUGUAUUUCUUGGUUAACGCCGUUUGGCUCAAGUUCGUCUUGGCUUUCGUAGGUGCAGUUCAUAAGAAAGAUCCAGAACCGAUUCGUAUGUUCCUUGUCAUGUCUACAGUAAAGCUGGCAGUUCAGUUACUGGAUUUGAGCUUCCAGUCGUCAUUCGGAAACACCGUCGUCCUCACUUCUUUCAAAAUUGCGGAUAUUUGCAUUGCUACACUUUAUCUGGUGCUGAUCAAAAAAUACAUUACAUAUUUAAGAAUCGAAAUGGCUAGAAAGGACGUCGACCAACCACCAUCUUACAUUGAAUGUCUUAUAAAUGGACCAUCCACUAAGGUUGAUGAGAAGAAAGAUGUCUUUUUUAUUAUAGAAGAGAAGAAAACGGAGCCUAAAGAAGAACAGCAACAAUGAUGAAGGAUUUAAUAGAAAUCCGUCAUUAAUACGUUAAGAAAUUUUUAUUUAUUAUACUAUUAACGUGUAUAAUUAUUCAAGAAGGGUUUUAAUUAUGACAUUGUUGUAUCCAUAGUUGCAUGCUGACUGGAUUAUAACGAGGUUUAGACGCUUCUGGUCUAUAAAUAAAACCAAAAACUUUGUCCUAAA